UGGACAUGUGAACAGUUGAUAUCGAGUGUGGUAUUUAUUUCUUAAACAGUGUGCUUUUUCUGAUGGAUGUUUCUAAAGUGCAUGCUUUAUUAAGCUGAAAAAUAUUUCCUGUACAGAUGAAAUGGCUUUUCGCUCCCGUAGAUGAGAGACAAAAACAAGCUGUAGCAAUGAAGGAAAUGACAGCUAGAUAAGGGCACUUGACACUUCACAAACCACCAGGAGGCUGGUUAAGAACGCUGUAUUACGCAAGAUGGAUUUCCGGAGAAAAUUGUCAUCCGGUGGAGAAAGCUUCUCAGAAGGAACCUCACGUUUCUUCAAUUCUGUUAUUGCAAAAAAGAAUGGCUUGAUGAGUGACCUGUCUAACAAGAUAGAAAGUGUUGGAGCAACGUUGAUGAAAGGUAGUUCAAGUGGCAGUAGUCUAAGUGAUCCAGAUGAACCGGUGCUGCCAGAGGCUCGUGUACAUAAGAAAACACAUUUUCAACAACCAGAGGAGGAAGAUAGAUCUCCACCCUCAACCAAACAAAUAGUCAUUGCUGAUAUCACGCCCAUUCAGAAAUACCAGAAGGAUCGUGAGAAUGUCCAGCGUGCAGCGUCCAUGGACAGAAAUCAAAAUGGGCAUGCUCCAAACAGGUAUAAACGUCAAAGUAGCAUGACAAGUACAGGAAGCAGUGCUAAUGAGGAGGUUUUUCAUACAACUGCCGUAAACAUGAGUUUUGAUGAGCCUCUCUACACCCCAAGUAGUAAAUCUUCAACACCUGAAAGACCAGGAAUAGGACCAAGCUGGAAAGGAAAGAAAACGCCGCCACCCAUUCCACCCCCUCCAUAUAAUCCAAACAAAACUGGUCGUAGAAGCUCCACCAAUUCCCCAAAACCCUCCAGCGGUAGGUCAAGUGGGCACUCAAGUGACUCGGAAAGAGUUGAGAAAUAUUCAAAUAGUGACAAAAACAUUGCAGGCGAGAAAGCAAAAACUAAAGCGCCAACAUUUGCUUCAACAAAACGUCGCUCAAGCACAGUGGAUGAAAUGUUAUUUGAUGAUUAUGUUGAACCUAAACCUGAACUUGAGCCAGAAAAAGCUGCAGACCCGUUGUUUAAUAAAAGAAGGACUCUUCUACCUAUGGGUGACUUAAUAUCGUUUGAUGAACCAGAGUUGGAGGAUUUCCAUCCAAAGCAAGCAGGAAAAAAAGAAAGACAUUCCAGAAGUAGCUUAAAGUCUGUUGAGCGUUCCUUCACUAGCGUUAGCAGCACAGGAUCCUCUGAACAGGUGUUUGAAGAUGACUCUGAACAGGGAAGGGAGAGUGGUCGUGGCUUGGACAGCCAGGUCAGUGUGGAGUCUUCCGAGCCAGAAUACGAGAAACGAGCGAGAAGUGAUUCCCUGGCAUCCUGGAGUUCUGCGUACAGCCUUGACUCCCAGCCAGACGACCUCACACUUGAGUGCAUGUCUUUUGAAAAGGACUUUGUCGCCAAAAUAUUCAACUCGUAUGAGGACAUAUCGCAGCUGGAGAAAGCCAAGUUUGGAGAGUAUUGUCAGCAAGUUCCAGGAAGACAGUGGUUUGCACGCUACGUCAAUUCUCAGCGAGUGGUAUCGCGGAAGGUGGAUGAGUCUAUAUUUUUCCGGCUGGUCCAGUAUUUUGCGGUGGUGCUGUUUGAGUGUAACGAGGCGGAAGACUUUGUCCCGGCCAAGUCGCUCAUGAACAUGUGUUUCACAUUCUACCAUGAAGUUAUGCGGGGAAAGCGGCGUGUUAAGAACUUCCUGUACCUUUAUCUACGAGAACAACCCAUCUGGCAGUCACUGCGAUUCUGGAAUGCUGCAUUCUUUGAUGCAGUCCAGAACGAGCGAGCACAUAAACCAGUCUGCACGAGUGAGGAUGAUCAUGAGGAGCAGUCAGAUGAUGCAGCUUUCCAGGAAAACAUCACAUUUGGACAACUGGGUACUUUCACCAACAAUAUGCGGGCGUUCGGCCUGCCGAGAGAUCUCUGUUUGGAGUUUUUACGCAAGCAGUCUACCAUAGCCAAUCUUAAACCAGACCAGAUCAAGAUGUUAAGAGACAACAUCAACAAGAUGAAAGAUUAACUCAUGCCUUCUUCAGGAUCUAUGGUUGAAAUCUAACUUUAGGACCUUUGAGAAAUAAACUUCAAGAUCUACAGUUAAAAACUAGCUUAAGAGUCUACAGAUGAAAUCCAAUUAAGAUCUACAGUUGAAAUCCAACAUAAGGAUCUAUGGUUUAAAUUUAAUUUAAGGAUCUACCUUUGAAAUUUUUUAAGAUCUUCAUAUUAAGUCUAACUGGAGGAUCUACAGUCGAAAUCCAGCUAGCUGAUCUACAGUUAAAAUUCUUAGCUGAGCUACAUUUGAAAUCAAGCUAGGUUAUACAGUUGAAAACCAGCUAGGAUAUACAGUUGAAAUCAAGCUAGGAUCUACAGUUAAAAUCCUUAGCUGAUCUACAUUUUGAAAUCCAGCUAGGUUAUACAGUUGAAGUCUAAUGUUAGGGUCUAUACUUGGAAUCAAACUAAUAAGGAUAUAAUCUAACUUUCAGAUGUAUAUAUGUUAACUUAGGUAUUGAUCUAGGGUCUUCAGUUGAAAUGAAAAUCUUAUUAAAGUUUGUUUAUGCAAUACAUGCAUUAUUUGAGCCAAAAUACCAAUAUUCUUCCCAACCAAUUUAACAGUUGUCUCAUGUGUAAUUAACUGUAUGAUUAGAUGAGACUGAAAAGUCUUCAUUUUGGUUAAAAUAUUAUUAUAGUAUUUAAAAAUAGAAGCUACGCUAUAGGAACACCAAGUUAAAAUAUUUCGAUAGGUUGGAGGUCAUUAUUUAGAGGGUCUGAACUCUCUAGAUGGAAUGGAGUUCUAGUAUUAUAGAUGCUUGUAUUGAUUGGAAUAGUGAAUAUAAAUUCAUUGGAUCUGAAAAGCAAGUCAGAAUCUCCUGCACAUGUACAUGUAAUUGAAAUUGUCUCAAAUAUUGCAAUACUUAUCCUGUUUAUAAGUAGCCACAACAGAAUGUGUUGCCCUAUUGGUUUAAUUGUAUACUUUUGUGCAAUUAUCUAGAUUAUCUGGAUGUUCGACAAACCAUGACAUUUGGUACUGCUUUGUACUGCCAUAGUUGUGAGUUAAAAUGAAGGCUGAUUGCUUCCACUGAUAAUAUGACAGACAUACUGGUAUGUAAAUUGUGUUGCACAAUAAUCACAGUUCUGUUUAAGUAAGCAUUCAUACAUGUUUCAUUUGUGAAAACAUUUAUAUACACAUACCAUUAAGAAGACAUGGAGGUUUAUCUACAUGUUUGAUAUAGUUCUGAGAUUUGUUAGCAGUUCUGUGCAAUAUUUAUCAGUGACGCUGAGCUGUGUGUCUUCAUCUGUUUGUUGUUAAUCUAUUGUUAUUAGUUUAUAUGGUAAAAUAGUUCACAGGUCCAACAUACAUUUUAUAUGAUAAUUUACUGAAAGCUGUUUUGAAGGAAUAUAUUACAUUGUCAAUGUAUAAAUAUAUAUAUAUAUAUAUAUAUAAUUACUUACAUUCCAAAUUAUGAAAUGCUUACGCAUCAUCACUGAUGUAGUACUUUUUCCAGUUGAAUUGAACUACUUUUCUAACUGAAACAUUGAAAAAUUGUCAAAAUAUUUCAAAUGUACCAAUGUUGGUGCUGAUUCUUGGGCUAGAUACAUUUUCUAUGCAUGAACUCAGAAGUCCAGCAUAAUCAAACCAGCCAAAUUGUUGAAUAAUUAAGUCUUUCAGACAUCAUACAAACAAAUCAUUAAGAGUUCUUUUAACUAGAUACAAAGUGAUAGCGUGACAACAUUUUCAUGUUGAAACAAGAAUUUUCUAUAAUUAUUUUUCACAAAAGAAAUAAAAACUAAGAUAAAGAAAACAAAAAGUAAUUAUUUUUUAAGGAUUGGAAGUCAUUGCAGGGUUAUUCAUGCAAUUUUUAACUGAUCAGACUGGUGAUUAACCACCCUAGUGCAUCUUUGAAAUACAUUGACAAUUUGACCAGACCCUUCAAGAAUGCCUCCAAAAUGAAUUUUUAAUUGUCACUGGUUCAAUAAUAAUUCAUCUGAGAUCUGAUGAUGAUAACAGACAGGAGAGGACAAUAAAGAAAAGGAUGAAGGAGGCUUUAAUGAAUACCUGACCUGGGUACCAACACAUUUUACUAAUUACUUGUAAUUUUCCAUACAACUGUUCAUUAAUCUUGUUGCUUGUAUGUUACUGAGAACCAUGUAUGGCUUACUUUUAAAACGAGGUCAAUGUUCAAUAUUCCAUUGUUGUUACAUGAUAGUUUCUGUUUGUAUUUACGAGAUGUACUUUAAAUGCUAUGCAAUCUAAGUGAUUUUCAAUAGUUCAACAGCUAUUUUCACCCUUAUUUCCAGGUGUUGCCAUAUUUUACACUGCAUAAUGUUAAGCCUGGAUUAAAACAAAACUUUUGUUCAAAUUUGCUGGAAGUGGGUUGUCUUUGGUGCAAAAUUGGGCUAAGUAUACAGUAUCCAGAAACAGGUUAAUCUACUUAAUUGUUGCACUGCACGUAAUAAUGUUUGAGAAAGCUAUGUACAGGGUAUGGGUUUAUGUCUAAUAAAAGUAUUUGUCAAUUAUUAAAUGAAUCAUUUGUUCAAUCAAGUUUGGUUCAUAGAAUGAUAUUAUAAUUCAUUUUUUAGUUCAUCUAUAUAUCAAAGACAAAAAGCUGAGUUAUUGUUAUAGCCUUCAAGUCAAGUCAAUAUUUGUUUAUUGUCAGAUUUCAUAUAUAAUAUUUGAAACAUAAGCUAUGUAUAGCUUUUUACCAAUAUAUCCUUGGUGUUAUGUCGCAGUGCAAAACAACUCACUUAGGCCAUAACUCAAAAACCUCUAGAUAUUCAAUGGAACGUGGUACAGAUGUUUGCAGAUGAAAAGCAAGGCCCAUAUCUAUGGCUUUAAUAAUUUUGAUUUUUUUUCUCUUGAUUGAUUGACUGAAAUGUAACAGACUUAAGUUGAUGUUGCCUCCAUGGCGCUCUUGUGAUAUGACCAAUCUUUGAUGAUAUGACCAAUGUUUUAUUUCUCAAUAACUUGUUUCUGAUCUUUUAAUGGUUAUUUACUUAUUUGUUGACAUGUAACAGUGUUGGUGCAUAAUACUGUAUUGUUUAGUGCAAUAUUUUAAUCCUUUGUUUUAUGCUUUUAUAGAUUUCUUCUGUUUACAAAACAAUUGUAUAUAAUAUACAUUCCUUUAUAUCAGCAAUGACUGUGUUCAAAUAUAUAUGUUGUGAUUUCACAUUAUAGAUUAGGAAUCCCACUCUAUCUUAUGUACAAAACAUGUCUGUUUUUAUUCCUGACUAUCAUAUAAAAUUAUUGCUAUUUGGCCACCUAUUGAGAUUUAUAACAAAAAUAUCGCCAUUUAAAUGAUUAAACAUUACAUUCCAUAAUUAUAAUGACAUUUGCUUGCCUGUAAAAGAAGUUCAACAGUAUUAAGAUAAAGUCAUUUAUUUCAGUUUUUUCAAGCAAAUAUAUUGAACAUAAUUAAAUGUUUUAUUUACGUGGUAUUUCCCAAAAUGUAUUAAAAAUGCACGAAGGGAGCGCUUGAGGCUAAGGUGACAUUAACGAUACGAGCUUAGUUUACAACAAGUUUUGCUCAGGUUGCGUUAAGUUAGCCUUGUAGGUCAGAAGUUGCUUUGAGUUAGUAGCCUUGGUUCUUUUCUAAGCUCUCCUGUUCCUUACUAUUUUGUAUUGAGCCUUAUUUGUUCUCGAAAAGUCUUGUUUUCCUACUUUGUCAAUACCAACAUGACUUCCACAGUAGGAUCUCAUUAUGUACAAAUUGUUGUAAGACUUUGUGGAGUACCAUAAAUGUCAUAUUAAAAGUACAUGCCCUAAUAAAUGUGCCUGGGUUUUUUUGUAGGUAUAUUUUCUGAUUUUGCGACAUGAACAAGGCUUAUCCUAACUCUGAACUCGAAAACAAAUUUGUUCCGAUGAAAAGCAUCCCAUUGGUGCCAUUAUUAAUACAGCACCUGUUCAGGCUACUGAUGGCACGCACAUUGGCAUGCACAUACAGUAAUUAUAUACAACAGAGAUGCAAAUGAUAAAAGUCACAUGAUAAUCAAUAAGUGAUGUUAUGCAUUGUCGGGCAUAAAAAGCUGUCAACUAUUCAAAGUUAUAUUGGUUAUAUGUGGCAUCGAUCUUAGUUAAGAUAAGUAUUAAUUUGAAUUUUUGUAUUUAAAAGAACAUUUUGCCUGUUCAGAUAAACAAACAUUCCACAUUUUUGCCAAAUGUUGGUAUUGAUUUAUUGAAGCCAUGUGUUCAGUCGACCAUUUAAUUGAUUUACACACCAGCAAUAAUACAUGACUGAUCAUCAAAUUUAACGAAUAUUAAAAUGGCUGCUGAAUACGGAAAAAUAUCAUUCAUUUAGCACUUGGGAGUCUCAAAAGCACACAUGCUUGGCACAUUUGAUAGGACAUGUAUUGUCUUUUUCAUUGCAUACCUACAGUUCAUAAUUAUAUUCUAGGUAUGGAAUUGUGUCAAAUUGCUUAAACAUAUCUAAGAAAGGACUGAAAAGUACACAGCUUAAAAUUGA